CCCUUGAGAAUGAAGAAUCAACAGAAAGGAUAAAUGGAAUGUACUACUAUAUUUUGCGUCUUUAUGGUCACCUUAUUAAUGGUCAAAAGGCAUUGGUAACUCUUAAUGACAUUCAAGUUUUCUUUGACAUUCACAUACCAGAUGGAGAGACUCCAGAUGAAUGUGAAGAAGAGAAAGAUGAUCCAAAACCACUAAAGCAAUUAUGUCUUGUCAAUGUUGAAAUAGAAUCAGAUCCACACUGGACUACAAUCAUUUACAGAAAUCAAGGUCUAUCAUCUCAAUAUACUCAAAUGGAUGUAGAAGCAAAUGAUAGGAAAGUUCGAAACAAAAGAAGAAAUCCUAAAGGAUCGGGUGAGAAGAUUGAGGAAAAGAAAGAUUAUAUGGAAGCAAUUAAGAUCAAAAUUACUGCAGAAGAAGAUUUCUUUUCCAGUUUUCUCAAACUGCUAG